AUGCUGCAACGAGAACAAACUCUCCUGGAGCUCAAGUUCGAUGACAUUGAGGAGUCUGAGAGCACUUGAAAGGACCUGGAGGCUCUUAAGAAACAGAAGGAAGAUGUGGAAGGUGUAGGAACUAGCGAUGGAGAAGGGGCUGCUGGGCUCAGCAGUGACUCCAAAAGCAGGGAACAAAUGUUUAAUGAUCGCGUUGGUUAUAAACCCCAAUUCAGACACACACAAAACCACACACCUCAGUUUGGAAACUUUGAAUUUUAG